GAUCACGUGUCUUUCUACAGCCGGGUAUCUGCGCUCAGCUGUCCAGAAUCUUUUCCCUGAAACGGUUGUAUUUCAUCAAUAUACGGAUAUAUUUUGAGGCCUCAAAAUGCCUAUUUUCUCGGAGCUGUAUUUUAAUGUGGAUAAUGGUUACUUGGAAGGGUUGGUCAGGGGUUUUAAGGCUGGAAUUCUUUCACAGGGAGACUAUCUAAAUCUCGUCCAGUGUGAAACCCUGGAAGACCUGAAGCUCCAUCUGCAGAGCACGGACUAUGGCAGCUUCCUGGCCAACGAGCCAUCGCCCCUCACCGUGUCCGUCAUCGACGACAAGCUCAAAGAGAAGAUGGUGGUGGAGUUUCGUCACAUGAGGAACCAGUCCUAUGAACCGCUGGCAAGCUUCAUGGACUUCAUCACGUACAGCUACAUGAUAGACAAUGUGAUCCUGCUGAUCACGGGCACCCUGCACCAGCGGUCCAUCUCUGAGCUGGUGCCUAAGUGCCACCCGCUGGGCAGCUUUGAACAGAUGGAGGCAGUCAACAUCGCCCAGACUCCAGCAGAACUUUACAACGCCAUCCUGGUCGACACCCCUCUGGCUGCUUUCUUCCAAGACUGCAUAUCUGAGCAGGAUCUGGAUGAGAUGAACAUCGAGAUCAUUCGUAAUACUCUGUAUAAGGCUUAUCUGGAGGCUUUCUACAAGUUCUGCUCCACUCUGGGAGGAACCACUGGUGACACCAUGUGCCCUAUUCUAGAGUUUGAGGCGGACAGGAGGGCCUUCAUCAUCACCAUCAACUCAUUUGGUACCGAACUGUCUAAGGAGGACCGUGCCAAGCUGUUCCCCCACUGUGGCAAGCUGUACCCUGAGGGGCUGGCUCAGCUUGCCCGCGCUGACGACUACGAACAGGUCAAAGCUGUGGCCGACUACUACCCUGAAUACAAGCUCCUGUUUGAGGGAGCCGGCAGCAACCCAGGGGACAAGACACUGGAGGACAGGUUCUUUGAGCAUGAGGUGAAGCUGAACAAGCUGGCGUUCCUGAACCAAUUCCACUUCAGUGUGUUCUAUGCCUACGUCAAGCUGAAGGAGCAGGAGUGUAGGAACAUCGUGUGGAUCGCUGAGUGUAUCGCACAGAGGCACCGCGCCAAGAUAGACAACUACAUCCCCAUCUUCUGAACACACACACCAGAACCUCCCUACAUUCUGAUCUGAACACACACGCACACACACACACACACACACACACACACACACACACACACACACACACCAGUACUUCCCUACAUUCUGAUCUGAACACACACACACACACUUCUUCAUCUCUGUCUUCUAAUCCCACGUAUCCAUCCUUCCACAGCUUCUCUCUGAUCCACAGUUACUGUACAGUCGCUUCUGUCUGAUCCACAGUUACUGUGGAUCAGUUACUGUAGUACACUUAGUUUGACCAUGGACCCCCUAUUCACUAAGUAGUACACUUAGUUUGACCAUGGACCCCCUAUUCACUAAGUAGUGCACUUAGUUUAACCAUGGAACCCUAUUCACUAAGUAGUACACUUAGUUUGACCAUGGAACCCUAUUCACUGAGUAGUACACUUAGUUUGACCAUGGACCCCCUAUUCACUAAGUAGUACACUUAGUUUGACCAUGGACCCCCUAUUCACUAAGUAGUGCUCUUAGUUUAACCAUGGAACCCUAUUCACUAAGUAGUACACUUAGUUUGACCAUGGACCCCCUAUUCACUAAGUAGUACACUUAGUUUGACCAUGGACCCCCUAUUCACUAAGUAGUACACUUAGUUUGACCAUGGACCCCCUAUUCACUAAGUAGUGCACUUAGUUUAACCAUGGAACCCUAUUCACUAAGUAGUACACUUAGUUUGACCAUGGAACCCUAUUCACUGAGUAGUACACUUAGUUUGACCAUGGACCCCCUAUUCACUAAGUAGUACACUUAGUUUGACCAUGGACCCCCUAUUCACUAAGUAGUACACUUAGUUUAACCAUGGAACCCUAUUCACUGAGUAGUACACUUAGUUUGACCAUGGACCCCCUAUUCACUAAGUAGUACACUUAGUUUGACCAUGGACCCCCUAUUCACUAAGUAGUGCUCUUAGUUUAACCAUGGAACCCUAUUCACUAAGUAGUACACUUAGUUUGACCAUGGACCCCCUAUUCACUAAGUAGUACACUUAGUUUGACCAUGGACCCCCUAUUCACUAAGUAGUACACUUAGUUUGACCAUGGACCCCCUAUUCACUAAGUAGUACACUUAGUUUGACCAUGGACCCCUAUUCACUAAGUAGUACACUUAGUUUGACCAUGGAACCCUAUUCACUAAGUAGUACACUUAGUUUGACCAUGGACCCCUAUUCACUAAGUAGUACACUUAGUUUGACCAUGGAACCCUAUUCACUAAGUAGUACACUUAGUUUGACCAUGGAACCCUAUUCACUAAGUAGUACACUUAGUUUGACCAUGGAACCCUAUUCACUAAGUAGUACACUUAGUUUGACCAUGGACCCCUAUCCACUAAGUAGUACACUUAGUUUGACCAGGGAUCUAUAUGGUUUUGGUCAAAAGUAGUGCACUAUAUAGGGUUCCAUUUGUGACACCCCCAGAUACUGUCAUGUAUAAUAUCCAUAGAUGGAGAAGCAGAGUUUACUGAAAUAAUUUUCACCCUCCUGAUACAUGUUCUGUUAUUCUCUGAUAAUGAUACGUGUGUGUGGAUUAUGUGUUUAUAAAUAAUACGUGUGUAGGAAUGAUGUCCUAUUGUAAAUGAGAUGACUGGACCUGAACAGUCCAGGUACUACUGCAAAUUACAUCCUGGGUUGAAAUAGAUGUUAUGUGAUUAUAUAUUGAAGAAAAGAGAAGCGAAUAUGUCAUGUUUAAAACUAUACAAGGAUUUAUAUAUAUUUCAGAAUUAUUUUAAUGAUUUGUAUUAUUAUUUUUUGGGGGCAUGAUGUAAACAUCCAUGUCUCGCUGUCACGGUCCUGUUUAAAAUGAGUUCUGUGUCUUAUUUGUGAAAUGUGUUUAUAAAUGUAAUAAAUACUAUAUGGAAACAAA